UCGGUUCGCGCGUUUCCGUGUAGGUCAUAUGCAACGUGAUUGGUUACGAAGUGCGCCGAUCAGGUCAAUGUCUGUGCUUGAGGAAAUUAAUGGUGAGGUGAUGCCCGUUGCGAAUUAACCAUGGUUAAAAGUUUGUAGAAAAUAAUGUGUAUGUUUUCAAAGUAAGUGUUGUUCAGUGUGUGAAUCGGAACAUUUAUCGUGACAAAUGUCCGUUUAACAGUUUGGUAGAGACACGGCGAUUUCUUAAUAAAAGAAGGGUGUCAGCAAGAAAUGUGAUAGGUCUGUGUGUAAUAUAAAGGAAACAGUUUUUUUAAACUAGGUGAAAUGAGCGGGCGCCCAAGAACUACGUCUUUCGCUGAAGGCAACAAGCAACCUCUCAAUCCUCCCCUGGGAGGCAUGAAAAUUAGCAGCAAGGAUGGCAGCAAGGUGACGACGGUGGUGGCCACUCCCGGCCAGGGGCCCGACAGACCGCAAGAGGUCUCCUACACCGACACCAAGGUCAUCGGAAACGGCAGCUUCGGAGUCGUUUAUCAGGCGAGGCUGUGCGAGACGAACGAGCUGGUCGCGAUCAAGAAGGUCCUACAGGACAAGAGAUUCAAGAACCGGGAACUUCAAAUAAUGAGAAAAUUAGAACAUUGUAAUAUAGUGAAACUUAAAUAUUUCUUUUACUCUAGCGGAGAUAAGAAGGAUGAGGUGUACCUGAAUUUGGUGUUGGAGUAUAUUCCGGAAACAGUUUAUAAGGUUGCCAGACAUUAUAGUAAAUCUAAACAGACCAUCCCCAUCAGCUUUAUAAAGCUCUACAUGUACCAGUUGUUCCGCUCUUUAGCCUACAUCCACUCUUUGGGCAUCUGCCACAGGGACAUCAAACCCCAAAACCUCCUUUUGGACCCGGACAGUGGCGUGCUAAAACUGUGCGAUUUCGGUAGCGCCAAGCACCUUGUCAAGGGCGAGCCGAAUGUAUCGUACAUCUGCAGCCGGUACUACCGUGCACCGGAGCUAAUCUUCGGCGCCAUAGACUACACGACCAAAAUUGACGUGUGGAGCGCGGGGUGCGUAUUGGCCGAACUUCUGCUCAGCCAGCCGAUUUUCCCCGGAGAUUCCGGAGUCGAUCAGCUUGUUGAGAUAAUCAAGGUGCUAGGUACCCCCACGAAGGAACAAAUCAAAGAAAUGAAUCCCAACUACACAGAAUUUAAGUUCCCGCAAAUCAAAUCGCACCCAUGGCAACAGGUGUUCCGCACCCGGACUCCGCCGGAGGCUAUCGACCUGGUGGCGCGGCUGCUGGAGUACACGCCGUCGUCGCGGAUUUCGCCGCUGCAAGCGUGCGCCCACCCCUUCUUCAACGAGCUCAGAGAGCCGAACACCCGCCUGCCCAACGGCAACGAGCUGCCGCCUCUCUUCAACUUCACCGAGCACGAACUAAGCAUCCAACCCGCCCUGAACGCCGUUCUGAUACCGCGCCUCUCCACCGACACGACGGGCGGCAGCCCUCAGGAGGGCGCGACGUCCUCGGGCGCCGGGGCGGCGACGGCCGCAGGCGCCGCGGGCGGCGGGGGCGCGGCGGCGGGCGCCGCCAACGCGGACGCCACCUCCCCCCCGCCGUAGCCAGCGACUAGGUAGUUUUUAUCUUUCUCCACUCCAACGCAACUUACCGCCUCCACUAUUCCCCCCCUCCACUCUCUAUCAUAACAAACAAAUGCAAAGCGACUGCGCCGGAACCAAGCAAAGUUUUUUCAGUCGAGUCUGCAGCGUAAAAAAUGCUUUUUUCGGUGUUUCAACUUCGUUACAAAUAUAUUGGCGGCAUAAUAACGCUUAGCACCGCGGUGCUAACCAACAA